AUUCAGAUAUGCAUUUCUACGAUGGUAGGCUUCUUUUUCGUAAUAACAUUCCUAACCAUGGAUAUUGACAGGGAAGUCUUGAAGCUGUCAUCAUAAACUAGCAAAAUUUACACAUCAAAUUGCGAGUCAAAUUGCUUAUUUUAAUUCUGUGCAUCACCAGUUUUCGAAAUAAACUAAUACUCACAACCUCGAGUUUGAACGAAAACACUUUGCCAUGUCUUUGCAUCCAAACUGGGUUGCGUUAACUACAGUUGACAUACCUUGGAAAAGUUUCGUCAAGGAGUCCGCUGAGGUGCCGAGUAAAUCUGCAAAGAAUUUUUCUGGACGACUUAAUUUCGAAGGAAUCGAGGCGAAGAAAACUUACGAAGGUAUCAUCUACCAAAAUUUUCAGCAGGAUACUUGGGCCAAAUCUGACACAGCUAGAGAACAACAUAGCAAUCUAUUCAAUUCUAACAAUUCCCUAUUUACACAAAAAGUCAUCAAGAAUGUCAGCACGAAUUCAAUUCUGAAAGCAGUGGAGCAGAAUGAUUUACAUUUUUUAAGGAAACAUUUGAAUUCAGAUAAUGUUAAUGUGUCCGACGAUUUUGGGUGGACUCCGUUGAUGUCAGCAGCAUAUAAUGGUAAUUUUGAAAUUAUUCAAUAUCUGUUGAAACUUGGGGUAAAUAAGAAAGCAAAGGAGAAAUCUGGUUUGACAGCGGCUCAGUUAGCUCUUAAAAGAAAUCAUUUGAAUAUCGUAGCUCUACUGAGAAAGAAAAGUAGUCAGAAAGAGACUGAAGAUAUCAAAAGUAGCCCAACUUUGUCAUGUGAUAAAAAUGACAUUGUUUUUUCACGUGACGAUGAACGGGCUAAAACAACAAAAGUAGAAGGGUCACUUAAAAAUGAGCUUCAAUCCAUUCGACAAAAUGCCAACAAUUUAAAAUUUGAGUUUUAUUGUGAAAUAUGCAGAGCUGCUUUCAAAGAAACAUCUGUUAAGCAGCAUGAGUCUUCAACGCUGCACAUUUUUAAUACUAAACCAAAAUUGCGCUCUGUUGCAUACGGGAUAACGAAACAAAAUAAAGGGUAUCAGAUGCUUUUGAAUACCGGAUGGGAUGAAGAAACUGGGCUGGGACCUUCAGGCCAGGGCGCAAAGUAUCCAAUCAAGACAAUUCUUAAAAGAGAUCGAAAAGGUCUAGGUCAAGGAGAUAACAAAGAAGCUCGAGUAACUCAUUUUAAGCCAGAGGAUGCAUCUGCAGUUUCGCCAGUACGGCUAAUCCGUCCAAAGACCUUAAGGAAAAAAGAUAGAGAAAAAUUAUUGUCCAGAGAAGCUAUGAAAGAUCGAAUGAUAAGAAUAGCAUUGUCUUGAAUUUGCCCAUUUUCAGCCGUAAUUCAGCUGCCACUGGCGUUGCGGUGGAGGAAUAACUAUUCAAUUGAGUUGCAAUAGCUUCUUGCAAGUGUAAGGUCAGAAGAAAGUUUAUUAUAAUGCUUUCUUUCAUAUCAGAAAACAGAAAUUACCUGUGUUUCUGUAAGAAAGAUUUGAAUGCAAUAAUCAUUUGUUCGCAAGAAUCGAUUGGAUUGGAUUUGUCAGCUUUAAAAAGGAAGAAACAAAUUUGUCGUCACUACAGCUUAGCUGACAUUGAACGAACAUCGCUCGGAUAUUGAUUGUUUAAAAAAAUAUUAUUAAAGGAUAUGUGGGUAUUAGAGGCGACGUAAGAUUAUUGUGGACGAAAACUGGAUGUAUGGAGAUCAAGAUAUUGAGUUUGAGGCAAGGAAAGUGCGGAGCAUCGGAUCAGAAUUAUUCUACACAAAUGAAGAGGAGUUUGAUCAGAGAGU